AUGAAAACAUGUUGUGCACACAGGUGGCGAGCGGCGUGGCGACGCGUGAUACUCACCGCGAGCGCAAACCCAUCAGUGCCCCCGUCUGCGACGCCGCGCCGCGCGCCGCGUCGGCGACGGUCGUCUAAUCCGUCCGGCCACCGCGCGGACCGAUCCGUCGACCGCGGCAUCCCCACCACCACCAAUCCCAACUCUCCCACCCCCACGACCCGACCUGACUCUCCCCCGACCUUGUCUAUUGUAAAUAAUGAUAAUCUUUUUGUCGUG